AUGGUAGACACGAAUUUCACUCCCGACACGCACCUCGCGCUUAUCACCGGCGCUACAGGUGGCAUUGGCCGCGCGACCUGCCAUGCACUCGCCCGCCUGGGUAUCUCUGUAGCCGCACAUUUCAACGCAGCCAAGGAUGACGCCGAAGUAUUAGUCCAGGAACUGACAGAACAGUACCAAGUCCGAGCUGCGUGCUUCCAGGCCGAUCUCGGCGACUACGAUGCCGUCCACCGCCUCCACGCCUCAGUUGUCGCCACGCUCGGGCACCCUAAUAUCCUAUUCCUCAAUGCCGGCACCACCGGUGGCGUAUCCGGCGUCAAGAACCUCACCGAGGUCCCCUUUGAUGUCUUCGAGCAAACAUGGCGCAUCAACUGCGGCUCUAACAUCCUCCUCACACAACUUUGCCUUCCAGCUCUAACUCUGGCCCGGAGCGGUACCACCGCGACGGAGCCCUGGGGCCGCAUCAUCUUCAACUCCAGCGCCGCCGCCUUCACCGGCGGCCUCGUCGGCCCGCACUACGCCUCGUCGAAAUCCGCGCUGCACGGCCUCAUCCACUGGCUCGCCGCCAGCGUGGCCUCGCGGGGCAUCACCGUCAACGGUAUCGCGCCCGCGCUGAUCGAGGGCACCAAGAUGCUGCCGGGGGCGAAGGAGGAGUUGAGGAAGAAAGUGCCGGUCGGGAGGCUGGGGACGGGGGAGGAGGUGGCGGAGACGGUGGUGUGGAUGGUGAGGAAUGGUGAGUUUCUACUCCGUACUCCUGUCCUGGCUUUGGUGCGAUUUGGGGCUUUUGUUCUCAGGUUUGAUUAG